GACUGCGGACAUAGUACAGGAGAUGACCAGAGACUGCGGACAUAGUACAGGAGAUGACCAGAGACUGCGGACAGUACAGGGGAUGACCAGAGACUGCGGACAUAGUACAGGAGAUGACCAGAGACUGCGGACAGUACAGGAGAUGACCAGAGACUGCGGACACAGUACAGGAGAUGACCAGAGACUGCGGACACAGUACAGGAGAUGACCAGAGACUGCGGACACAGUACAGGGGAUGACCAGAGACUGCGGACACAGUACAGGAGAUGACCAGAGACUGCGGACACAGUACAGGAGGUGACCAGAGACUGCGGACACAGUACAGGAGAUGACCAGAG